AUGGUCUGGCGCAGUGCUGCCAUCUCCCGGCUGAGGAGCCAGCGAGGCAGAGGGACAGUUCCACGGAAGUUUGGGCGAUUGUCGCGGCGCCGCAAAGAUGCAGUUUGCGCGGCGGCUCAGCGAGCAGGGGCGCCACCUCCCAAGGCACGGGAGAUUUUCGCCCGGUGGGGCGGCCAGCGCCGGGACGCUCCCCCUCAGCCCAGCUGCUGCGAGGCGCGGGGCAGAGGCCGAAUCACCUGGCGGCGGGCCGGGGUUUGCCGAGCCGAGCGCGCCGGGUUCCGACUCCUGUGCGGUGCGGUCGGACUUGGAAGCGGUCUGGGCUGCCAGCGCCUCUCCAGCGCCCAGCGCCGCGGGAGAGCCGAGCUGGCUCACACCCUGCUGGUUAGCAUGGCUGCUGGGAAGGGUGCUGUGCGGAGCUCUUCAGCUGAAAACAGUUGGCGGCUUAGUGAAGCCGACCAUGGCAGGGGUUGCAAGCCAGUGCUGCUGGAGAAAACCAACCACCUGGGCUCUGAGGCUGCCACAGGUGGUGGGGGCCAGCAUGAGGCCUGUGCUGAGCUGGUGCUGUCAGCAACCCCAGGCAAACUCAGACUGGGAAAGCCAAUGGCCCAGAAGGUGUCCUGGGAACAGGGGCAGAGUGCCUUCACGGAGGUGCCUCAGCUCAAGAAGAGGCUGGAGGGUACACAGGCCAAGGAGAGGGAGCAUGGUAACCCCACAGGACAGCCUGUCCCCCAGCAGCUGACACAGGAGAUCCCCAGGGAUCCAGCUGGCAGCAAGGUCUUCUCUUGGCCCAGCGGAGCCCAAGGGGAACCGAGAAGCGCCUUCAGCAAACCAGCCAGGUGUCCAACAGGGAGACCUGGGCCAACCUCUGUCUUCCAGGCAGAGGGACACGCAGAUGCCCUUGGGGAGCUGUUGGGACUCAUCAACACGGUAGAUGUCCCUUGUUGGGGUCAACUUUCAAAUUCUAAGUUUUUGGUGGGUGAUUUCUGGAACCUGCAAAUGUUGCCACAAAAUGUUCCCAUCUGUAGUGCUUUCAUGGGUGCCCCCACACUGUGGCUAAAGCAUGCCACUGGCCAGAUACCCACACCCUCAUCAUCCUCCUCUCCUGCCUCCUGGGCUCUGCUGCGACCCACGUUCACCUCCCUGGGCCUGUCCACCCAGAACUGGUGUGCAAAGUGCAACCUGUCCUUUCGCCUGACCUCCGACCUGGUCUUCCACAUGCGGUCCCACCACAAAAAGGAGCAUGCAGGGCCUGACCUACAUUCUAAGAAGCUGAGGGAAGAGGCCCUCACAUGUCCCAUUUGCCAUGAAUACUUCCGGGAGCGCCACCAUCUGUCUCGGCACAUGACUUCUCACAGUUAG